CGCUUUCCUCUUCAUGUUCCAAACAAAAACAGUGCGAGCUGAAACUCAGACGGAAUUAAACUCGUUUUCUCCGCGUUCGGCCUCCGCGGUGCCGCAUGGUCGAGUCCUUCGCCGGCCCGUGAAGGCUCUGUAGGAGUACCGUCUGCUUCCUGUUUCACCCCCCCGAGGAGAACCGGACUCGGCGCCUGAAGGCCCCCGCCCCCCCGAGGAGAACCGGACUCUGCGCUGUAGGCCCCUCCCCCGAUGAGCCGGCCGCCGCAGGGGAAAGCAACCGACACACGGCACGCCGGCGUGAGCGUCAUCCGGGCCCCGCACCCCCCGCCGCACCCCGGCAUGAAGAAGCCGUCGGCGGAGAAGGACAGCGACGAGUACCGCCAGCGGCGCGAGCGCAACAACCUGGCGGUGAAGAAGAGCCGGCAGCGCAGCAAGCAGAAGGCGGUGGACACGCAGCAGAGGGUGGACCAACUGAAGGAGGAGAACCAGCGGCUGGAGGCCAAGAUCACGCUGCUGAGCAAGGAGCUGAGCGUCCUGAAGGACCUGUUCCUGGAGCACGCCCACAGCCUGGCCGACGGGCCGCCCGGAGGGGGGGCGGGGCCCUGAGGGGGGCGGGGCCCACAGCCUGGCCGACGGGCCGCCCGGAGGGGGGGCGGGGCCCUGAG